GUGAAAAGUAAAGAGUGAAGUUUUUUGAAAAUGCUGCAGUGAACAUUUUUUAAAAACAAAUCCACAAAAAACACCAAUUAACAAAUUAUAAAUCUACAACAACAGAAGCAACAACACAGAGAGACAAGUGUUGUUGUCCCAUGUAUUUGUUGAUGCCAUGCAAUUGAUUGUUGACAAAAUUCCCAUGUAUUCCAAACAAACAACGAAGCGCAAUUCCAAAAAGUAAGUUUCAAGAACCUCUCAAAAAACAAAAAAAAAAACUGCACAACAAACAAACAGUGAAAAGUGUCCAAACCAAAGCAAACAAACAAAGUAGAAGGAAAAACCCUUCCAGUGAACUGAUAAAUUGAUAACAGCGGCAAAAGAGACAGCAACAAGCCGGACGAAAAGAGAUAGCGUUCCACAGCUGCUGCUGUCGCUUCUUCUUCUGCCGCAACGUGGUGCACCUGUCCCACAAAAAAAAAACUACAACAAAAACAGCAACAACUUUAACAAAAACAACGAACUACAACAAUUAACACACCACGCGCUGUUGCCAUAAAACCCAAAAGAAAAAGAAAACUUAGGAAAAAUGAUGAAAUGAACCAGCAGGCGGGCUCCUCAAGGGCGCCAGCCACCGGGGGCCAAAUCUCACCGCCAGGUGCCACAACAGUCGGCGUGGAUCAGCAGCAACAGUUGCAGCAGCAGCAGCAAUACUACAACCAGCAGCAGCAACAGCAACAGUACCAGCAGCAACAUCAGCGCGACAAUUUCCUGGCCUACCAGCAACAGCAGCAACAGCAACAGCAGCAGCAGCAACACCAGCGAUCGGUUGGCGGCGGAGUGGGCGGCGGUGGCAACUUUAUGCUGGGCAAUGACCUUGUCGGCGGCGACAGCCUGCGUAGCCUGAACAAUACCUUCGGCCCCAAUUCGGAGUUCACGGCCCUCGGAGGCGCCACCAGCUCCUCGACCUCGGCGCUGAGCGGACUGAGCAACUCCAGCGGACAGGGAUACACGGGCAUGGUUGCUGCUAGCCAGCAACACCAGCAGCAGCAGCAACACCACCAGCAACAGCACCACCAACAGCAACAGCAACACAUGGGCAGCAUGGACGCCAUGGGCGGUUACAGUCAGAUGGGUGGCGGCAUGCACCCUGGACCCAAUAGUGGCAUGAUGGGCAACAUGAGUGGCCAGUACAUGAACGGAGGUUCCGGCCAAGGUGGCUACAAUGGCAACCAAGGCAUGGGAAUGGGCUACGGCGGAGGUGGCAACAUCGGACCCCAGAGGCAUCAUCAGAUGACGCCAAUGAACCAGAUGCAGAAUAUGACCAUGGGCCCGGGAGUCGGAGGAAGUGGCGCCAUGGGCGGCGGCAUGAAUCCCCUGCAGCAACAGGCGGCGGCGCAGCAGCAGAUGGGCGGCAUGAAUCCGAUGGCCAAGAUGCAGGGCAUGGCCAAUGGGGGCUACCCCCAGCAGGCGCCCCCCUCCCUCUCCCAGCAGCAGCAGCAGCAACAACAACAGCAGCAACAGCAGCGCCGGAUGGCUCCGUAUCCCCACCCCCAGAUGCACAUGGCCCAAAAGCGGGCGGGGGGCGGAGUGGGCGGAGCAGGCGGAGUGGGUGGCAUGUAUCCGGGCAAUCCCAUGCAGGCGCAGCAACAGGCGCAGAUGUACGGCACCCAACAGAUGCAUCCCGGAUCCGGCGGAGGAGUUCCCCUGCCCAUGCAGGCAGGUGGAGCCGGAAAUGGUUACGGACGCAGUGGACCCAUGGCCGCCGGCAAUGGCGGCUAUGGCCGUAUGUCUGCCGGGAAUGGAAUUGGACCAACUGGUGGACCCGUAAUGGGACCCAUGGGUCCGGGGGCCAUGACCGGCGGAGGAAUGGGUCCCGGACCCGGUUGCAUGAGCCAGCAGCGCUUCAUGCCCCAAGGAUCCGGCGGCGGAAUGCCCUACGCCGGCGUCGCAGGUGCCGGCUCGCAUCAGAGCCAGUUCUAUCCGGGAAGCGGCCAGAGUGCCGCAAUGCAGCAGGCAGGUGGCAUGUGCCCGGCGGGUCCGGGCAGCGUGGCCACCACCGGCAAUCCCUACCAGAAUCAAGGUUUCCAGCAAAACUAUCAGCACAGUCCAGUUCCUGGCAAUCCCACGCCACCGCUGACGCCCGCCUGCAGUGUGCCCUAUGUCAGCCCCAAUCCGGACAUCAAGCCACCCAUGGACAACAGCGAAGAAAUGAGACUGACAUUCCCGGUGCGCGACGGCAUCAUCCUGGCUCCUUUCCGCCUGCUGCACAAUCUAUCGGUCAGCAACCACGUGUUCCAUCUCAAGCAGAAUGUCUACAACACGCUGAUGUACAGAACCGACUUGGAGCUGCAGCUGAAGUGCUUCCACCAGGAUGAUCGGCAGAUGAACACUAAUUGGCCGCACACCGUCACCGUCUCCGCGAAUGCCACGCCCCUGAAUAUCGAGCGGUCCGAGAAGAACAGCACCGCCCUGCGUCCGCUCUACUUGAAGGCUGUUUGCCAGCCGGGACGGAAUACGCUACAGCUGACCGCCAGUUCCUGCUGUUGUUCGCACCUGUUUGUGCUGCAGCUUGUCCAUCGACCGUCGGUGCGGCAGGUGCUGCAGACGCUGCACAAGCGCAACUUGCUGCCGCUGGAGCACAGUGUGCAGAAGAUCAAGCGCAAUCUGAGCCAACCGGAGACGAAUCCCGGAUCGGAGGCCACGCCCCAACAGGGCGGCCAGCAGGGCGGUGGGCAGCAGUGCGCCAAGAUCUCAUUGAAGUGCCCCAUCACGAAGUCGCGGAUACGACUUCCGGCCAGGGGACACGAGUGCAAGCAUGUGCAGUGCUUCGAUUUGGAGGCGUAUCUGAUGAUCAACAGCGAACGGGGAUCGUGGCGCUGCCCGGAGUGCAGCAAGUCGGCCAUCACCGAUACCCUGGAGAUCGAUCAGUAUAUCUGGGCCAUACUCAACACGCUGGGCAACUCGGAUGUGGACGAGGUGAUCAUCGAUUCGUCGGCCAAUUGGCGGGCAUUGCAGCACAAUGGCGGCAUGCCGAACGCACCGCCACCCACAAAUGUUCCUACCAAUCCCAGCGGCAACACCGGAAACGGAAACGUUAAUGUAAAUGGAAACGGAAGUGGCAGCAGUGGCAACCCCACCCUGCCGGCCAUCAAGCAGGAACUGUGCGACGACAUCGCCAAGGUCAUGUCGCCGGGAUCCACCCAACUGCCCACCUGGGACAGUGCGCAGGCGAUGAGUCCCUACAACAUGCACGACAUGAACUCCAUUGCCAGCGGCAACAUGAUGGGCAACGGCGGCAACACCAACCAGCAUGGCAAUCGCAGCAGCUACGACGGCUUCAGUGGCAACCACAGCGAUGGCAGUGGCGGAUUGGCAGGCAGCGACGGCGGUGUCAACUCCCUCGACCAGCUGAAUGCCAUGGAGAAGUCGCUCAGCGAUCAGAUGCCCCACACCCCGCACACUCCUGGAGCGGCCAGUCAUCCGAUGACCCCCGGCGGACCGCCCAGCGUGAGCAGUUCCCACAACGAGCCCAUCAGCGGCGGUACGCCUAACGCCAACGGAAGCGGAAACAACAACAGCAGCACCGGCCACAACUCCCCCCAGACGCCGGGCACGCCCAGUCGGAUGGGCGGUGGCGGCAUGGGGGGCGGGGGAGCGGACAGCCAGCAGCAGCAACAGGAGCAGCUGCUCAACUCGCUGAUGAGCAGCCAGACCCAGCUGAAGUUCAGCGAAAGCGAUUUGAGUGCCGAACUGCAAAGUUUCGAUGCGGCGGCAGCGGCCAUAAACGAUACAGCCCACGAUCUGAAUCUGCUGCAGGACGUGGAUCCCAUGGAAAUCCUGUCUUAUCUGGAUCCACAGCCCGAUCUUAACACUCCGCCCUCGAGUGGCAGCAGCAACAACAAUGCCAGCGACGAAUUGCUGGCCACGUUAUUUGACUAGACCUAAAGAAAACUAAAAGAAAAUUCAAGGCCUAAAAGCUGAGAGAGAGUUGGAGAAUUGAAAUGGCAGAAAUACCAUAAAUUGUAUAUAGUAUUAUUAAUUUUAAAGAAAUGUGCACUAGAA